AACUUUACAAUUCAUCGAGAGUAAUAGAAGGUUUAUACCUUGAUUUAGUAGCCCAAGAAAAGGAUGGCUUAAACCUAUGGUCUAUUGGUCCAUUCAAUCCAUUGUUACUAACUGAGCAGAAGAAAGACUCAGAUAAACGUCACCAAACCUUGGAUUGGCUUGACAAACAAGAACCAGACUCAGUGAUAUAUGUGUCUUUUGGAACAUCUACUUCAUUGUCGAAUGAAGAAAUCGAACAACUCGCCAUUGGGUUAGAGAAAAGCCUGCAAAAGUUCAUUUGGGUUAUCAGAGAUGCCGACAAAGGAGAUGUUUUUGCAGGUGAAGAAAGGAGAGCUCAGAUGCCUGAAGGUUAUGAAGAGAGAAUAAAAGGAAGAGGAAUUCUUGUAAGAGAUUGGGCACCUCAGUUGGAAAUUUUGGCACAUCCGUCCACAGGUGGUUUUAUGAGUUAUUGCGGGUGGAAUUCGUGCAUGGAAAGUAUUUCCAUGGGAGUUCCUAUAGCAGCCUGGACAAUGCAUUCUGACCAGCCAAGGAAUUCUCAGCUAGUAACUAAGUUUCUGAAAAUUGGCCUUACUGUGAGGCAUUGGACACGUCAAGAUGAAUUGGUUACAUCAGAAAUAGUUGAAAAUGCCGUGCGAAAUUUGAUGGAUUCACCUGAGGGAGAUGAGAUGAGGAAGAGAGCAUCAGAACUAAGUGAGGCUGUCAAGCAAUCAGUGAUAGAUGGUGGAGUUAACCGCGUGGAGAUGGAUUCUUUUAUAGCUCACAUUACUCGAUAACUUUUUCUCUUCUGUAUUGAAUUGGUUGAACCAUGCCAUCUAGUUUGCAUAAGUGGUAGCAUCGAUGCGCUAUCACUAUCUGAGUGGAUUUAGUGUCCACCCUCCUGGCCCCCCUCUAUGCGCACCGUGAUAUAUGUAUGUUGAAGGAGAAGAAUUUUUCCUUUAUGUGUUCUUUGUAUUUGCAAAUAUAGAAGUGGAGGUCCUCCUUUACUAGCAACUAUUUUAUUUGACCAGAGAUAGAAAUAUAUUG